AUGGAGCAGAUCAGCCUUAGGGUCAAUGACCUUACAGAGUUUGAGCGUCACACGGAGUACAACUCGAAAUCUGUGAGAGACGUGACCCUUUCGUUGGACGCCAACUUUGUGAAAGCCAUAAGGGAGCUGAAUUUGAAAGGUGGUGAAAGCGUGGCGUGGUUGAUGUUUCAUGUCACCACCGCCUUUUACCCCACGAAGUUCUUCGUCAUCAAGGGCAUCGAUGUUCAACACUUCCACACCGUCCGCGACCUCUUCACCACGAGCGCCCUUGCCAUUACAGUAGAACCGGCCGAGCUGUCCGAUUUCGUGCCAGGGUUCAGAAAUGGUCUCACAGGCUUCCGCUACCCUCCCUCCGUCUUGCGCCGGGCUUUGGUGCUCUACAUCCUGGAGUGCGACGAGGAGGGCGACCUGGCGAAGUCUGGGCUGCUAAAGGACGGCUCGGUUGAAGAUUACGCUCGGUGGGCCGUCUGUGACGGGGACGGGCGCCCUGCACAAGGUCCUCUGACUGUCGAGGCCUACGCCAGGCAGUUCCUCAAGAACUGCAGGGAGCAGCUCAAGCGCCCUUCCAUGGGCGUGAAGCCCAGGGUUGGAGGCAGCUAG